UGUGGUCCGCCCGUGCGUGAGUCGGAGUUAAAGUAGCCGCUGAUGCUGGCGUGCUGCGCUGACCGUACCGGGAUCGGAGUCUGUGACUGCGGCAGCCGGCCUACACUGACGGUGGUGGCGACAACAGCAAAUGCGUCAUGUCAUUGUAUAGAAUCACUGUUAUUCGUGAAGCUGGCGUUACCGGAAGAUAACGUCUUUGCUUUGUAAUGCAUCUAACAAUGAAUGCAACAGGUACAGGAUACCCAUUGGCCUCUUUGUAUGUAGGUGACCUGCAUGCAGAUGUAACGGAGGCAAUGUUAUAUGAAAAGUUUUCCCCGGCUGGCCCGAUACUGUCUAUCAGGGUGUGUCGUGAUAUUUCCACUCGUCGAUCUCUUGGCUAUGCCUAUAUCAAUUUCCAGCAGCCUGCUGAUGCUGAGCGGGCUUUGGACACAAUGAACUUUGAAGUCAUUAAAGGCAGACCAAUUAGAAUCAUGUGGUCUCAGCGAGAUCCUGGGCUACGGAAAUCUGGUGUAGGAAAUGUAUUCAUCAAGAAUCUUGAUGAGUCCAUUGAUAACAAAGCCCUGUAUGAUACCUUUUCAGCAUUUGGGAACAUUUUAUCUUGUAAGGUGGUUUGUGAUGAGAAUGGAUCUAGAGGCUAUGGUUUUGUUCACUUUGAGACACAGGAAGCUGCCAAUCGGGCAAUACAAACUAUGAAUGGCAUGCUACUCAAUGAUCGGAAAGUAUUUGUCGGCCAUUUUAAAUCACGGAGAGAGAGAGAAUUGGAAUAUGGAGCAAAAGUGAUGGAAUUUACCAAUGUUUACAUUAAGAAUUUCGGUGAAGACAUGGAUGACGUAAGACUAAAGGAAAUAUUUUCUACCUUUGGAAGCACUCUAAGUGUAAAAGUAAUGAUGGACGAAAGUGGCCGCUCACGAGGAUUUGGUUUUGUCAACUUUGGAAAUCAUGAAGAAGCACAGAAAGCAGUUGCCGAAAUGAAUGGCAAGGAAAUAAAUGGGCGUAUGGUUUAUGUAGGAAGAGCUCAGAAAAGGAUAGAACGUCAAAGUGAACUGAAACGCAGAUUUGAACAGAUCAAGCAGGAGCGAAUUAGUAGAUAUCAGGGAGUAAAUUUAUAUGUUAAAAACCUGGACGACGGCAUUGAUGAUGACCGGCUCAGGAAGGAAUUUUCUCCAUAUGGUACGAUUACCAGCGCAAAGGUAAUGACAGAUGGAGGACACAGCAAAGGGUUUGGUUUUGUGUGUUUUUCUUCUCCAGAGGAGGCUACUAAAGCGGUUACAGAGAUGAAUGGAAGGAUAGUUAGUACAAAGCCACUAUAUGUAGCACUUGCACAACGAAAGGAGGAAAGAAAGGCAAUUCUCACCAACCAGUAUAUGCAGAGAUUGGCAUCAGUAAGGACAUUGCCCGGACCUCUUCUUGGACAGUUCCAACAGCAUGGAAGCUACUUCUUACCUGCUAUGCCACAACCACCCAGCAGAGCCUUUUAUAGUCCAAGCCCAGUAGCACCUGUACGUCCAGCUCCUCACUGGUCAUCCCAACACUCCAGGCCUCCACAGUAUCAUCCACCCACGCCUAUACUAAGGACUGUUCCUCCUCGACGUAUUACUUCUAACAUUAGUACAAUGAAGCAAGCUUCAACACAGGUGCCCCGAGUUGGUCCACAGAGUCAGCGAGUUGCAAAUAUUGGCACCCAGACAGCUGGCGCUCGGACCCAAGUUAACCCAUCAGUCAUACGCACAAUGCCACAGUACAAGUAUUCGUGCUCAGUAAGGAAUAUACAGCCAAUGGGGAAUAUGGUACACCUCCAACAGGUUAUAGAACCUGCAGUGUUAAUGCAAGGACAAGAACCACUCACUGCUUCCAUGCUUGCAGCUGCACCUCCACAAGAGCAAAAACAAAUGCUUGGUGAACGGAUUUAUCCUCUGAUACAUGGAAUGCACUCAGCCCUUGCCGGUAAAAUAACUGGCAUGCUGUUGGAGAUAGAUAAUUCUGAACUACUGCACAUGCUGGAAUCUCCAGAGUCCCUUCACUCAAAGGUUGAAGAAGCAGUCGCUGUCUUGCAAGCCCACCAUGCUAAGGAUGGUCCACAUAAAACCGGCACACCUUCUCUCAUGUAACGUUCUCCUAACUAUUGGUGAUGCUUAUGGACUGGUGACAACUGUACAAUUUGUAUGAAAAGCACAGUGGAUGCAGUUUGUACAUAUUUACAAAAAAUGCUAGUAUUUUGUUUGAGUCUCUAUUCAGUAUUGUGUGAGGUACAGUAAAUUAUGUUUUCAGAAAUGAACAGUAACUGUAUAUAAUUUUGGGGAUUUUUUUUUUUACAUUUUUUUUUAUUUUGAUUUCUGCAUUAAACAAAAACUUUG